CGGGUGCGCCCGCAGAGGCGGCAGAGGCAGCAGAAGUAGCAGCACGGCGUCCCGUGUUGCCCGCGGCUCCUUUUCGUAGCCUGCCCCGGUGCCCCCGCCGCGGGUGGCCGACCCGGUCCCGGUUUCCACCGCCGCACCGGGAGAAGCGCUGGCCAUGACGGACAGCCCCAUCCCAGCCCCGGCCCCGGCCGCCAAGCCCAAGCGGGCGAAGGCACCUCGGAAGCCGGCGUCCCACCCCACCUACUCGGAGAUGAUCACGGCGGCCAUCCGGGCUGAGAAGAGCCGCGGUGGGUCCUCCCGGCAGUCCAUCCAGAAGUACGUGAAGAGCCACUACAAGGUGGGCCAGAACGCUGACCUCCAGAUCAAGCUCUCCAUCCGGCGCCUGCUCGCCACUGGCAUCCUCAAGCAGACCAAAGGGGUCGGGGCCUCCGGCUCCUUCCGCCUGGCCAAGGGAGACAAGGCCAAGAGGUCCCCGGCCGGGAGGAAGAAGAAGAAGAAGGCUGCCAGAAAGUCCACGUCGCCCAGGAAGGCGGCGAGGCCCAGGAAAGCCAGGUCACCGGCGAAGAAGCCCAAAGCCGCCGCCAGGAAAGCCAGGAAGAAGUCAAGGGCCAGUCCGAAGAAAGCCAAGAAGCCAAAGACUGUUAGGGCCAAGUCGCUGAAGGCUUCCAAGCUGAAGAAGGCAAAGCGGUCGAAACCCAGAGCCAAAUCCAGCGCCCGGAAAUCACCCAAAAAGAAGUGAGAAGUCUGGAGGCCUUUGUCCAGACUCUCCCCGUUGGUUUCUGUAAAUAGCUUUUGCCUUUAUUUUUACCUCUUACUAUUGCGUUUUGUAACGAAUCGAUCUAUUCCUGUCUGGAAACAGCUAAAAUAAGGCAAUUAAUGAAAGAAAGGAAAAAAAAAAGAAAAAAAAAGGAACAUCUUCAGUAUGAAGAGUUCCCAUUUUUAAGA